AAACAUUCAAUGCGGAAGUAGAUAAACCGCACGCAUUGGGGAAAAUAGUUCCCUGAGAAAGGACACUAAAGGUUUUAAAACGCUGAAACGGAAUAUUUUUAUAGUGUAUUUAGUUUGUGUGGAAAAAUGUAGUAGCAAGCAGGGAAACCUAUACUAUAUCCAAACCGUGUUUUCAGUAUUUAAAAAGAGUAAAGUUCAGCUGUAACAUCUCGACUGCGAUGGCUAAUAGUAAUUUACAGAAAGCCAUUGACUUGGCCACCAAGGCUUCAGAGGAGGACAAGGCCAAAAACUACGAGGAAGCUUUGCGCCUCUAUCAGCAUUCUAUUCAAUACUUUCUACAUGCAGUGAAGUAUGAAGCUCAGGGUGAAAAGGCCAAGCAAAGCAUCAGGGCGAAGUGUAAAGACUACCUGGACAGAGCUGAGCAGCUGAAGGAUUAUCUGAAAAAGACAGAAAAGCAGCCACCUACCAAGCCUGUCAAAGUGUCCAAUGACAAAGGGAAUGACGGUGAUGAUGGUGAUGAUUCAGAGAAGAAGAAAUUGCAGAAUCAACUUCAAGGUGCCAUUGUCAUGGAGAAGCCAAACAUUAAGUGGAGUGAUGUUGCUGGCUUAGAAGGAGCCAAAGAGGCACUGAAAGAGGCAGUCAUUCUACCCAUUAAAUUUCCCCAUCUUUUCACAGGAAAGAGAACUCCAUGGAGAGGGAUCUUGCUUUUUGGUCCUCCAGGUACAGGGAAAUCGUACUUGGCUAAAGCAGUGGCCACUGAGGCCAACAACUCAACCUUCUUCUCCAUCUCCUCUUCCGAUCUGGUGUCCAAAUGGCUGGGAGAGAGUGAGAAAUUGGUGAAGAACCUGUUUACCUUGGCUCGGCAACACAAACCCUCCAUCAUCUUCAUCGACGAGAUCGACUCUCUGUGUGGCUCCAGGUCUGAUAACGAGAGCGAAGCAGCUCGUCGAAUAAAGACUGAGUUCCUGGUCCAGAUGCAAGGUGUUGGAAAUGAUAAUGAGGGAAUUCUGGUGCUUGGAGCAACCAAUAUUCCUUGGACUUUAGAUUCUGCCAUCAGAAGAAGGUUUGAGAAGCGUAUUUACAUCCCACUUCCUGAGCAGCAUGCACGAUCAUUCAUGUUCAAGCUCAACCUUGGUACAACCCCCAACAACCUCACUGAUAACGACUUCAUCACGCUGGGACAGAAGACCGAGUCCUAUUCAGGUGCCGACAUCAGCAUCAUUGUCAGGGACGCUCUCAUGCAGCCCAUUCGCAAAGUGCAGAUGGCCACUCACUUCAAAAAGACCUGUGGAAAAACUUGGAACAACCAGGAUGUAAUAGCAGAUGACCUAUUGACCCCUUGCUCUCCAAGUGACCCAAACGCAAUAAAGAUGACAUGGGUAGAUGUGGAAGCUGAUAAACUGCUGGAGCCCAUCGUCAGCAUGGAGGACAUGCUCAGGUCACUGGAAAAAACCAAGCCCACUGUGAAUGACGAAGACCUGAAGAAGCUGGUGAAGUUUACUGAGGACUUUGGCCAAGAAGGCUAACUACACAGCAGCCAUAAAAACACAAACAAGAACCUUUAUUUUAGGCAUUUUAUAUUCCAUUUUAUCUUUCUACUCAGAGUUUAUUAUAAAUACUUUUGUAAUAACGGCCACUCUUUGUGGAAUACAGGCUACAUAAUGUAGCUUCUUGAACUGUCUACCUACGUAAUAUGGUGUUAACAGGGAACUGAGGUAACUUAUUUGUUGUAUGUGGAUGUUAUAUUGGCGAGAAUAUUAAGCUGUAACUGAGCACUUGCUAAAAUGUAUUUUUUCUGCAGUAACUGCGUCUACUGUACAUGUACAGGACAUGCACUUGGUUGCCAGUUUAUUAAGUACACCCACUUUGUUUUGACACUCGUUAGGAAUUUUAUCAGAUACAUCCACCAUAUAUUGUGAAUAAGUAUUGUAAGUAGGCUUUGCCAGGAGAUGGUAAUUAAUUUUAGUCUCCUGCUUUGUAUUUUUUUUUAAAGCUUUUUUUUUUCUCUGAAGAGAUUUUAUCUGGUUGAAAUGAAAAAUUAUAUAAAUGUAAAAAAUUUUAACAUGUAGAUUUAUUUAAAUGACAUGAGACUCAACUCCCAAAAUAUCAGUGAUUUAAUAUGA